AAUACGUCACUAGCCAAGAAAAGAAAGAAACAUUGUCUAUGGCUGAUUGUUGUCGGACGGACAAAAUGACGUUUUGCAAGUCUCAAUAAAAACGAAUAAUUUUCAAGUGCACCCCUGUGUUAAACUAACAAGUGAUUAUAAAUGGCAACGCAAUAAAUCUAUAAAUAAAAAUAUUUACGUAAAACGAUGUGUGACGCGUUCAUGCUCAAAUUGUUAACUGUAGCAAUAAACUGUACUCGUAUGUAAAAUUGUAAAACAUGGAUGAGCGGAAAGUCGCCGAUUACUUUGUGAUCGCUGGGUUACCGGAGAAACCGGAAUUACUUGAUGAUUCCGACUCUGGACACCUCAAGGGAUACAGUACCAAACCACCAAUUACUGACAUAGGAGUAAUAUUUCCUGGUCUCGAAGAAACUGUUCCCGACGGUUACGAGGUGCUCGAAACAACGCCCACAGGUUUACCAGCAGACUUGAACCAUGGGUCCAUGCGGUCUCCAGAAUGUUACCUUUGUAUACGAAGAGGCAGGAAUCGACCGCCACUUGUCGAUAUCGGUGUCAUGUACGACGGCAAAGAACGUCUCAUGGCAGACGCCGAAAUGGUCCUUGUCUCCGCCGGUGGCAGAUUGGCCAAUGUUAACAACUCUACGGCUAAAACCUUCAUUACGUACCGCAGGGCGCAUACGGGAGCCCCUUGCAAUGCCUUGGUGGUUGUCGAUGUGUGUGUCAUAGUGGCCAGCAAGGGGGAAUGUCCACCGCACGCCUUUUGUAUGAUACCCAAGAAUUUGAAUAAAGGUUUAAUGGGCAGUGAUGUGUUUCUCUGCUACAAGAAGUCAAUGAACCGUCCACCACUAAUUGCCUACAAACCCGAUGUACUGUUCAGGUAUCCAACGAUAGAGCGACGUAACUUAUUAUUUCCUACAUCAGUACCGCUUUUUUGUUUGCCCAUGGGAGCAACUUUAGAACUAUGGCCUAACAAUGCGGCGAUGCCUAAACCCGUCUUCUCUACUUUUGUACUCACUGUUGCGGAUGCUACUUAUAAGGUGUAUGGUUCAGCAGUAACCUUCUACGAGAAGUACCCACACUCGAAAUUAACUGAAGCACAGAUGGAACUACUGGGGUGGAGAGAAGGAAUAUCACAAACGACUCACUCGGUGUACGCUAUCAAGUGUAUCUGUUUGCUGUCGCGGUGGCCUUUCAGUGAUACGUUUGAACGAUGGCUGCUUUAUAUACUAGAAAUGUCAUGGAGUAAAGAACCGUUAAAUAUACCAAUAGAAAGGUAUAUCACACAUUUACUAGAGGAGGUACCCUUCCCAGAACCCAGAAUAUUGUUACAAUUAUCACCAACAAACCAACACGACCGCGUGAUAGUGACUCGUCGCGACGACCAGCCGCUCGUCCGCAGCGGCGCCAGCUUCCGACAGCUGCUGCUUAAUCUAGGACCCGAUAACUGUCUGCUGGUCUUAGCUUUAGCUAUUACGGAGCAAAAAGUACUUAUUCACUCGCUCAGGCCUGAUACAUUAACAGCUGUUUCGGAAGCAGUCUCAAGUUUACUAUUUCCGUUCAAAUGGCAAUGUCCUUACAUACCGUUGUGUCCAUUAGGUUUAGCAGAAGUAUUACACGCUCCGUUACCGUAUCUUAUCGGAGUUGACUCAAGAUUUUUUGAUCUGUACGAACCCCCACCAGAUGUGACCUGUGUUGAUUUAGACACCAAUAAUAUUACGAUAUGUGAAUCACAGAGGCAUAUAUCUCUCAAAUUACUACCGAAGCGGCAAGCGAGAGCUCUUCGACAGACACUAGAUUUACUCUACGGUAACAUUAGACCAGCUUCACCAGUACAUCAUGCAAGUGAAGCGAAAUACAAUGGAGAACCGACCACAAGUUUAGAUAGGGAUUUCCAAAAGAGGAAAAAGGAGCAAGCUUUAGAGUUGAAAAUCCAAGAAGCGUUCUUACGUUUCAUGGCGGUUACUCUGCAAGGCUACCGGAAUUAUCUCAUACCCAUUACGAAGGCGCCGACGGUUGGAACUACUGACCCACAUGCGUUGUUCCAUAUGGACGCGUUUUUAAGAUCCAGGGACAAGACACACCAACGCUUCUACGGUCUAAUGAUGCGUACACAAAUGUUCACGCGGUUCAUAGAAGAACGAUCCUUCGUCUACGAACCGGACCAAGGGCUGACAUUCUUCGACGAAUGUAUAGAGCGAGUGGCCGCUGGGGACGAACAGUUGUUAGGAAUGGAUACCAGUAAUGCUUCAGAGAGAACCGCUUUUGUGUUGCCCCCUGAUCCUCCUGACCCAGAAGCGACAUACAACUACUCGCGCUUCGAGCUGGACGAGAAAGUGAUGCAGUGGUGCGGCGGCCGAGCGCGAGCCGCCGCCCUGCACGCGCUGCCGCCCGCCGCCCUACACUCCGCCGAGUCACUGAAUGAUGCCGAGCCCAUGGCCAGGAGGACUAAGCAUGAAAUCGCGGCGGCGCAGAGAUUAGCCCGCAAGGCUAGUCUCUCAGCAGAGGCCUGGGCCAAGUGCCUGCUAGGCGCUUGUUACUCACUGUACUUCCUGGCUCUGCCGUGCCGCAUGUCGCUGAGCCGCGGGCGGGAACACGCCACGCUGAGAGCGGCGUACGAACUGUUGGAACGAGCCACUAAGCUUAAAGUGCCUUGUGAUGAGGUAUGCUACCGCGUUAUGAUGCAGCUAUGCGGCAACCACUCGCUGCCCGUCUUAGCUGUACAACUGCUCUUCCUAAUGAAACGAGCCGGGCUGCAGCCGAAUGCACUCACUUAUGGGUAUUAUAACCGAUGUGUGCUGGAAGCUACGUGGCCGCAGGAUAUGCCUAGUGGAGCGCAGCUACUAUGGAACAAACUCCGCAUAGCCGUGGUGGGUGCAGCUUUGUUCCGGAAAGCUGGUGCACAGCGAGCGGGCAGAAAUACUCUGAAUUUAACUUCCGCUGGCAGCAGCAGCACAUUGCCGCGGGUCCGCUCGGCGGCGGCGGUGGGCGAGGGCGGCGAGCUGGCGGGGCUGGCCAACAUGGCGGCCUGCGAGCCCGCACACAGCCGCACUAGUCUAGACUCAGCCUGUGAACGCGACGCCGAAGCUCGUUCGAACGCAUUCGAGGCGCUCGUACGUCGCGGGAACAUCGUCCGCGACGCUCACACGCGGACACAUGCACAUGCUAUGUCUGCAGCCGCUGGCAUACUUAUAUCAGGAAUACCGUCCAACCCAGAUUUGAGUGAAACGUCACGACCGAGAAGCAAUUCGUUGAACAACGAAGACUCUAGUAGUACACCUAUUCCUAUACCAGAAAAAAGACAGACAAUACACGUAAGUCCGGACAGUCCGUCAGACCUGCGCAUACUGACGCGGUCGGAGAGCUUCGCGGGAGACGCGCAGAUUGUGCAGCAAAUACAGAGGCUAGCCUUCCCUAGUGUAGUAACACCUAACACAAAAUCUCGGUGUUCGAGGACACUGAGUUUCCCUGAAGAACCAGAGAAAGAGGAAGCUGCGACUGAUGCUUCUGAUGUUAAAACAUCGCCACUCAAAGUAUCAGCCCGCACCCCAGUCCUUAGCGACGAUCCCCUCGGAGCCCUAAGCCAACCGGACGUACCACACGAACCGGUCACCCGCACAGAACCCGUUGACGAGCCUACACUACCCAAACACGAGUUGAGCGUCAGUCCCAAGCUGUUCCACCGACGGAGUAACUCGUUCCAGGAUGAUCCGCCGCAGGACAAUGCAGGGAAACUGCAUAGAAGUGAGACGGCGCCUGCAGGUACCGUGUCUUCUAGCCUCGUUAGCCUUGGGAAUACGCUGAAAAUCAGCUUCGGACGCUAUUCGCCAGGCAGGCUGUCGUUGCGCAAGGAAAACAUGAAACUGGGGAAGGCUAUGAUCGAGAAUUACUUCAGUCCAACGAGUAUAGCAGGGAAAAGGUCCAAUGAGUUGCUACAAAGUGGUCUAAGCAGUUUGAAGUCGGCUGCAACAAGUAUGGCGAAAAAGUUCGAUGAAAUGAAAGAGGUUAUAUCGGCUAACUCGACUCCUGUGAAAGGCGCGUUCGGUAACGCUACCAGUGCGCUGAAUAGUUUGAUGGGAGAAGAGGAUUCGACUGAUGGGUCUUCCGAGAUGAAUCCUGAUGAAUGGGUCGGAGGCAUAGGAUUUAGGCGUGCAUCGAGUGACGCAGAGCUUGCGUGUUCUAUGGAGCGCGGUUCUCUCGCCACGCUUGUUUCGCACUUACCUGAUAACCUGUACCCAGUCACGAAUGACCAAUCAACAUCAGAGAACUCAUCAGUAGUAGUCCACCUGUCUUCGUGCUCGCAAUGCCACCAGUGCCUCGCGUUUUUAUACGACGAGGACAUCAUGGCGGGCUGGGCGGCCGACGACUCUAACCUCAACACGCGCUGCAUCGCUUGCGGCAGGCAUACUGUGCCGCUGCUCAAUGUGCAGAUACUCCGUUCCGACCAAAAACAAGAAACUUUAAGUGUGCCUUAUUUAAACCCUCUGGUGUUAAGGAAGGAAUUCGAAUCUAUAUUAGGUAGGGAAGGCGACUCAUGCUUAGCAGAAUCGAGCUUCGUAGAAUCACAUCCGAUCGUGUACUGGAACUUGGUAUGGUUCUUAGAGAGAGCUAACAUCGAGAACCAUCUCCCUGAUCUGCUCUGUCCAGACUUCCAAACCAAGUAUCUUAGUACGGACAUGCUGCAUGAACCGGAAAAAACUGGCGGUUCCCGCGUGGUGUGCACGUGGGAGCUGCCCCGCAGCGGCGGCGGCGACGGCAGCGAGGCGGGCGCGGCGCUGCACGCGGCGUGGCGCGGGCGGCGGCGCCUGCACCAGCGCUCGCGGGCGCUGCAGGCGCUGCUGCUCACUGAGGACGAGCAGCACGCUGGACACACUGUUGCACUGGCGGUUCUCAACGGCUUGCUAAGCAACGAUCUGUCAGACGCUCUACAAAAACUUGCUACGUGGAGAGAAAACACAUCCAACAACAAACGAUACCAUUCCUUCUACAGAGACAUAUUAUUCCUCGCAAUGGCUGCUCUCGGCGAUCACAAUAUUGACUUAAUGGCUCUUCAACGGGAGUACACUCGCGCUCUCGACCAACUGGGAGGGGAAGCGAGGCCACAGGACCUACCACCUUCACCUACUGCCGUGUGCUGCAGACAUUACUUCAAACGGCUUCGACUCCUUGCAGAAGAAUGAACAAGAUAAAAAGACUACAGAUAUCUGCAUAACAAUUAUGUAGUAUGCAACCUGCUAGUAAUAGCUUCUUAGGUACAGGCCAUGUUAAAUAAAUUUUUGCCCCUCUGAAGUCAAUCAUUUGAAGUAUGGAGUGGCAGUGACCAACUUCAGAGGGGCAAAGCUUUUUGACUUGUUCUGUAUACUCACAGAAUAAAAACAAACGCGUGUCAAUCCGCUUCUCAUUAUAACAACAUGCCGUUGUGCAGUCUGACGUAAUAGAAUAAGUAUCUGCAACCAUGCAGUAUUCGUGCAACCUCGAAUGUGACCCAGGGUUGCCAAUGCACGAUUAUAAUUAUUUCAUAUUUACGUAACUCCAGCUUGCAAUGCUUUUAUUUACGACGCGGCUACUCGAAUAAGAGUUCCGAAUAUCCUUGUAUGUAUUGUUUUUUUUUUUACAUACGUUAUUAUUUACAUUCAAAUCCAGUAUAAACAGUAUAUGUAUAAUGAGUAGAAAUGUGUUGUUGACAGAGUUAUUAUUUUUUUGUAGUUUAGUUUUGAGAGUUUCGUUCUAUAUACAAAACUAGUAGGGAGUACCGUCCAUUUUAUUUUAGAACGAUAUAGUUUAUCGAAGCAUUACAUUUGUGUAUGACUAUGACAAAACCGGAACUUGACGAACUUCUUAAGCCCGUCCAAACGGGAUCAAGGUAUGCUUGAUUCAACAUAAAAUUUACUAUAUACAUAAUGAAUCUAUUCAUAAAAUUGUUAACCGUAAGGUCACGACUGUAAGGUAGAAGGAAUUGCGUGAGUUAUUGUGGCCUAAGUUUCAUGAACAUUGCCCCAAAACUAUAUUACGAGGUAUCAUUCACUCAUAAGCAAUCUAUGUAAUAAAUUCACGUUUCGGCAUAUCCAUUAGUCUAGGAUCGUGGGUGCUAAGUUAAGUAAUUGGGACGCUGACCGCAGUAACGUAUGUACAUAGAGUUGUUGUAUAGUGUAGGUGUAAGGCCACAAAGGGCGAUAUAUAAUUGUGCUUAACAUUGUGAUGCCAGUGCUGUAACGCGGUUGAAUUCGUAAACGAAUUGUAUUAAGAGUUUGUGUGUGUGUUUACAUAGUCACAUUAUUUAUGUCCCAGGCACCCUGUGUGGUUAUAACGCAAUAAUCAUUUCUCUAAUUGUGCAAUACCGAUAUGUUUUGUACAGACAGUCAAUUUUGUGAUAUCAAACACCAUUUUUCAGACACUAAAUAAUGUGACUGCCAAAAUUCAAAAGUAUUCAUGAAAGUGUCAAUAUAGUUAGUUGAUAUUAUGAUGAAAUCAUAUUCGUUUGUUUCUAGUAUCUGUUCUAAAUAACUUUUUACGCCUUUAGUGAAGCGUAGCACGACUCGACUUUAAAUUGUAUUAAUAUCACUGUUUCAAUCUGUUUUAUCAAUACAUGGAGAAAAAUAACAGAAAUAAUUGAAUGUAACAUGUACAUAAAAUGGUUUACUUUAAUUGGCAGUUAAUCUGUACUGCAACUCUCAAAUACUCAGGAUACUAACCAAGUACUUCAUAUUAUUUGUAUUACAGAAUAAUACACAACACUAUUUAUUGAAACUAACCUUAGACACUAAAGUCAAACUAAUUUUUCGAACAAAUUCUAGUGAUUCUUAUUUAUUUGAAUCUACAAUCUUAUAAAUGUGUACAUCUUGGCUUACUACUUUCUUGUAUCCAGUUUUAUAAUAACAUUUAACACAAGAAUUUCACUACUUAACAUCUACGAAUUGUAUGUACACUAGUGAUCAUGUACAAGCCAUAUUGUUAGUUCCAUAAAAAUUGUACAAUGAAGCCACAAGGUUAUUUCAAGUUGUAAAAUAUUCAUUGUAAGCAAAAAUUGAAAUUUAAUUAUGUAUAUUAUUCAUAGCUACAGUCAUAAAAGACAAGCAAUUAACUUAUGGGAGUUCUGUUAUUGAAUAAAGAUUAUUUUAUUUUGACAAGUGUAAUAAAAUGCAUAUAAUUUUUAUAAAAAAAAUAUAUAAGGCUUCAAUA